AUGUUGAAGUUGAAACAACAACUGGAUCGCACCAAAAAGUUAAAGAAGACAGAAAUACUUGAAAAUAUAACCGAAGCCCGUAUUACGAUGCACGAUAUAUAUAAUCGGGAAUUAUUGCAAGAUAUGCGAAACGAUUCUCAGGCAGAAUAUUGCGAUUCAGAACUUAAUCAUCUAGGAGAGAGUUCUAAGAAAUGA